CAAUAAUGGGGCUUGGUCCGUUGACGCCUCGUCGCACAUCCCACCCCACGAAGUGCACUUUGCAAGUUCUGCAACUCGACACCAUGCCGCUUCGGUACUUUGAGUCCGUGGACACACUGCGACGCUGGGGGCUGACGUUCGACGACAACGACAAACUGCACCGCUGUCGCAUCGCCCUUCGUCUGGCGGCGUUGAAAAUCCCCGAAGGCUGUCGCUACGGCCUGGCGCUCUUGGUCGAUGCUUCCAACACCAUGGAAAUCGACGAUCUGAGCGCUUUUGCAAUCAAUGCGUACAACCAAGACGACCCUACCAAGGUCGUAGCUGCGUUUAUCACUGACUUUCCCGAACUGGUCGACACAGAGAAUCGAGUCGUUCACCGCCAGCAUGUGGGGCAGCUCUUGGUGAGCGAAAAGGCGGCGUGGGGGCGCCACCUCCACCUUGGGCAUCAGAACAUGCCAAAGCUGCUCAUCUCGGGGCGCUUCGAGUCGCCGCGGUUGAUCUACUCGACAGCUGCCGAGCUCAUGCACCACAUGAACUCGGGCACGGACAAGUCGAGCGAUUGGUUCUUGAAGGACUUGGUCCCGUGCAACGGUUGGUUUUAGGUGUUGCUGUCGUGAAAGCAAUAUCAUCCAUUCCAUGAGAGAUAAAUACUUUAUAACGAUUUGGUGUGUGUGUUUGUCUAUGUGGCUUGUGUGGAUACUGCGUUUCGCGGCGUGAGCGCUGCUGGCUGCGUCCGGUCGCCGAGCAUGUUGUACACGUAAUCCACCGCGACGCCGCUGUAGCUCUUGCGCAACAUGUCCUCGAUGGACUUGGCCACUUCGACGGAUGGCCCGGCUCGAACAGGGUCGGGAACGUACGAGCUCGUGGACGGCUUGCCAAAGUUCAACGAGCCCUCGCCAAAGUACGUGGUUGGCCGGGGUUUCGCGGGGGCAAUGGUGGGUGGCGCUCGAGGGCUGGGGGCGUUCACCGUCGAGUGGUUGGGCGUGGUGGGGAAGCAGGGGGGGGCAAGGCGGUUGGGG